AUGUUCCAGCUUUGGAAGCUUGUUCUCUUGUGCGGCCUGCUCACUGGAACCUCAGAGUCUCUUCUUGGGGAUCUUGGCAAUGACCUAACUAAUGUUGUGGAAAAUGUGAAACCUGCUCUUGAGACUGGACUUGAGACUGUUGACAAUACACUUGAUGCUGACCUUCCAAAACUGAGUGUCGACUUGGACGUGCUUCAGAAAUCCAAGGUUUGGCAGCUGGCCAAGCAGAAAAUCCAGGAAGCUGGGAAUUUGAUGAACAAUGCCCUAAAUUUGGUCAAUUCAGUUAGCGAGAAGACUUCGGGGGUGGAGAUCAGCAACUCCCUCAUCCAGGAUGUCAAAAGUGAACUGACUGCUGAUGGCAAUGGCAUUAACCUGAGGUUUCCCGUCACCGCCGAUGUCACUGUGGUCCUGCCUUUGAUUGGCAAGGUCGUCGACCUGAAGGCCUCCCUGGACCUCCUGAGUGGCGUCAGAAUUGACACCAAUGUCCAAAACAGCCUGAGCACAGUGGUCCUGGGAGAAUGCACCAGCGACCCGAUCAAUGUCUCCCUCUCCUUGCUAGGCAGGCAGGUAUGCCCACUGAUCCGCAGCAUUGUUGACACCCUGGACAUGAGUUUAAUCCAGAACGCCAUUGACGUGGCUGCUAAUGGGAACAGCUGUGCUGACAAUGGUACCUACAACGUCACACCCUUGAUCCAGACUUCCAGGGCAGCUUCCCACAUGAUCGAGGCGAUUGUGCUCCUCGGUCUCCUGAACAUCUUGGGCAGCCCACUCACCAGUGGGGAUGUCGAUGUUGGAAUCUCCCUCUGA